ACCUCCACUUCCUCUUAACCAUGGCUGAAAUCAAGAAAAAUCUUACAUUCUCUCUUGCUCUCAGCUUUCUCAUCUUCUGCAAUGUUUCACUGGCUCAGCUGCCACAGCAGCAGCAGCAGCAGCAGCAACCAGAGCAGCCGAGCAGAGGAUGGUUCAUAAGGCAGCAGCUGAGAGACUGCAACAUUCAGCAGCUCCGAGCUCUUGAACCAACCAGGCGUGUUGAAGCUGAGGCCGGCUUCACUGAGUACUGGAACUCAAGAGACACCCAGUUCAACUGUGCCGGUGUUUCCAUCCAGCGCACUGUCAUUCAACCUGGUGGCCUCCUGCAGCUCUCCUUUGAUAACGCAGCUCGUGUCACCUUCAUUGAACAAGGCCAAGGAAUCAUCGGAACAGUGUUGCCUGGAUGCCCAGAAUCAUACCAAUCUUUUCAACAAUCUGAGCAACAGCAGCAGCAGGAGGAGGAAUCUGCUGAAUCAUUCCGGCCAAGAGACCGACACCAAAGGAUUGACCAGUACAGGCAGGGUGACAUUAUCGCACUGCCUCCUGGUGUCUCACACUGGUGCUACAACGAUGGUGACGCUCCACUUGUCACUUUCACCGUCUUCAAUCUUCAGCACAGUGACAACCAACUUGACCUUCAGCACAGAGUAAGUGAAAACAAAAACCCCUUUAUCUUCAUUUAUGGAAGAAUUAUAUCAACAUCAAGCAAACUUGUUACUCUGCAGGAAUUCUUGGGCAGGGAGAGAGAGAGAAGCCAGCAAUCAGUACAAGAGCAGGAAACAGAUAUCAGAAGGGUAAACUUGCUGGCUGGAUUUGACACAGAUGAACUGACCAAAGUUCUCAGAGCCACCAGAGAAACAGUGCAGAGCAUUCAGAGUGACAAUGAUCGGAGAGGCCACAUUGUCUUUGUUCAACAAGGGUUCCAUGUAUCAAGGCCAGCAAGACAACAGCAGCAACAAGAAUGUGGUUCCAACGAAGAUGAGAAGAAGAAGAUGGCAUCCAAUACCUUCACCGACGCUGUCUGCUCAUUGAGAAUCAGAGAAAACAUCAAUGACCCAUCGAGAGCCGAUGUUUUCACUCCUCGUGGGGGAAGAAUCACCAAUGUCAACUCCCAGAAGUUCCCCAUCCUCAAAUACCUUCAAAUGAGCUUACUGAGGGGAGUCCUCUACAGGAAUGCAAUCCUAGGACCACGCUGGAUCAUCAAUGCACACAGUCUUGUCUAUGUAACAAGGGGCUCUGCUCGAGUGCAAAUUGUUGGAAGCCAAGGAAAGAGUGUCUUCGACGGAGAGCUUCGCCAAGGCCAAGUCAUCGUAGUUCCACAGAACUUUGCUGCUAUCGUAAAGGCAAAGAGCAAUGAAGGUUUCCAGUGGGUUGCUUUCCGAACAAAUGACAAUGCAAUUAGCAGUCCCAUUUUUGGGAAAUUUUCAGUGUUCCGUGGCCUGCCGGUGGAUGUCAUUGCCAGUGCUUAUAAUAUCUCGAGGGAUCAGGCUUGGAGGGUAAAGUACAGCAGGGCUGAGGAGCUGCACAUCCAUGCUCCCAGAACUCAGAGCAGGACUAAUGUUUAAUGUAUAUGCGUAGAGAAAGCCGGCAUGUUAGGCAAUAAGCCAAUAACA